CUCUGAGUCUCGAUAAGGAUCGCGAAAGCUCUACAGAACUAAGACGGCCAGCGCAUCGAAAAUAUGCCUCGAAAAAAGACAAGGCCAACUUCCAGAUCGGCAUCCAGGAGCUCUUCUAAGCGCCCGGCCCCGGACACGCCUAAUCGGCAAUCUAAAAGAGCAAGAGGAGCGACAGUGAGGAAGUCGUAUCUCGAGCCAGACACCGACACAGACGACACGACUGAAGACAAGGCUAAGGAAGUCUCGCCACCCACAGAGGGCGAGGAUGAAGCGGUAGCCUCUGUCUACGAGGAUCAAAGCGACAAGGAGCCAUCGUCGGAAUCAGACCACGACGAAACUGCCAGCGAGGCAGAUACCAAAGCCAAGAAGUCCGCGCCGCGGGGACGCCCAGCAAAGCAGCAUGUCCUUCCCUUACACAAGAAGCAUGCCGACGAGAAGGACUUGUGGAAGCCAGGGGCGAAGCUUGCACCUGGCACGCAGCUCAUUAUCAAAAAGCCGAAGGCGAGAGACCCAGGCGACACGCCUUACGCGGAUAACACGAUCCAUCCGAAUACAAUGUUGUUUCUGAAAGAUCUUGCUACCAACAAUGAGCGCCAAUGGCUGAAGCUGCAUGAUCCAGAUUACAGAGUCGCUCUGCAGGACUUUACCACGUUUACGGAGAAGGUUUCCGAAAAGGUUAUCGAGGCCGACGAGACCAUACCUGAACUUCCGGUCAAAGAUGUGAUUUAUCGAAUCUAUCGAGACAUCCGAUUCUCGAAAGACCCAACACCAUACAAGACGUAUUUCUCCGCAGCCUGGUCCAGAACUGGGCGCAAGGGUCCAUACGCACAUUAUUAUGUGCAGAUUCAACCAAAUGGUGGAAGCUUUGUUGGUGGUGGGUAUUUUCAACCCGACGCCCCUUCGCUCUCCAAGCUACGGCAGGACGUUGAUCGCAAGCCACACAAGAUCAAAGCCGUCUUGACCAAUGCUGGCAUUCGAAGAGAAUUCUUGGGAGGCAUCCCAGACGACGAGAAGAAGGCCGUGGAUGCUUUUACAAGUCUGGCGACCAAUCAAGCAUCUGCUUUGAAGCGAAACCCUAAGGGAUACGACCACGAUCACAAGGACAUUAAACUCCUCCGACUCCGAAAUUUCACCAUUGGUAGAAAGCUUUUGGAUGACGAAGUUGUCGGGCCCGAGGGCCUAGACCGAGUAGCUGAAGUCAUUCUCAGUAUGGUACCCUUUAUUACCUAUCUGAACAGUGUUUGUAUGCCCGAUGAGGACACGUCAGGCUCGAGCAGCGAAGAAGGCGACGCGGAGAGCGACGACGACGGCGCCGCUGCAGAGGACGACGAGGAUUGAGAUGAUUGUCGCCAGGCUAUCAAUGGAUGUGGGGAUUGGUGGACGAAGGGCGAGGGCAGUUGGGGGUGGCCUGACGAGGUGUUGGCCAGACGCGCGAAGGCGGCCAUUGGAGGAUUGCACGACGCGCGAGAGCGGCGGCAGUGGCGCUGAGUGGUUGCUCCAAGCGAGGAGGCAUGCGAUAGACCAAACAAGUUGUGCAGUAGCGCGGCGUGCCCGUCUUGGCCGCAUGAGCUACGCAUCACGUGAGCCUAGCGUCGGCGCCCCAUGCAGUGCCCAGCCUUAGUCGAUGCAGGCUGACGGAACAAGUAAAGACCUUCCGACACC